AUGUGGUUGCGUCUCUUUCGCGUCAUCUUUCCACUUGCGAUCACGUACCUCCAGGUGGUAGGUUCUGAGAACGCCGAUCACCUUCCCGAUUACCAUUAUCAAUCACGGUAUGUAAGGUGCUCUAGAGUGGAUAACGAUCUAUACCGUACACUAUGCAGUGUAGUUGCCGAGAAAACGGUCACAAAACCAGGAGAGCAGUGCUUCAACGAUUUUGAUCCACAUCUGAAGAACAUCCGUAGUUUGUGUCCGACACAGUGCGCGUUUGCCGAUGUGUACGAAAUCACUCACAAAGUGCCAUCAAACCAUCAUAUCUGCAUCAAAUUUGAAAACUAUGGACUUAUCAAGCGUAAGAAGGACGUGUAUCUAUGGAGAGAUGGUGGAUGUUUGAAUGAGACAAUCGCGUUCAGUAUUCGUUGUGGAUUUCCGUUAAGUCGACGGAAUUUGAUGGCAAUUCAAAAGGAUUCCUCUUCUUAUUUAGCAAAACUUUUAGCAUUGUAG